AUGGGCGACGUCGAGUCCGCAACCGCCAAGCUCGCUGAGCUGCUGCGACACCCGGAGGACCUCGAGAAGAUUCCCGCCCUCAAAGCCGAGUUCACGCGCAAAAAGGCCGCUGUGGACGGCCAACUGCGCCAUGGGCUGAAAGAGCAGCUCGAGCUCACGCAAUCGGGCAUGUCGAGCAUCACCGAAGGCCAGCGGACCGUCAACCUCAUCAAGGAGGAGAUGAUGAAGAUUGAUAAGCUAUGCGCUGAAGCCCAGAACAUGAUCCAGGACUUCCCACACAUCAAUCUGGUCGCGCAGACGCAUAAGAACUUUGAGAGCGUGGAAAAGAUGCGCAACGAUAUCCAGACGUUUGAGGCACGGCUGGAGAACCUAGAGGCUCUGCUUGCGCGGGACGAUGAGGACCCGGCCAACCAGCCGUAUUUGCUGCAGAUUCACUAUGGUCUGACGCAGUUGAGGGACAUUAGGGAUGAGGCCAUGGAUCAGAUCAAGAGUACAGAGGAUGCCUCGACCGAACUGAUUGAUAAUCUCACGCUGGAGAGUGGGGUUACCGUCCAGGAUUUGUUUGCGAGGUUGGACGAUGUGAUUGAGUGGUUCGACAAGCAUAUUGGAGAAGCUUGCAUAAAUCUCAUUGAGCUGGUGCAGACAGGGAAUGAUGGCAUGGUCGUGCGGCUGGCUGUGGUCGUGGAAGAGGAGGAGAAGACGGACAAGAAGGUCAAGGCACUACAGGACGCUCAACGCGAAUACAAGGACCUCGCCUCUCGAUUCAAGUCUAUUGCCUCGGGGCCCAAGGAAAUACGCGGCUACAAGGACAAGUUCAUCACAUCGAUCGAAUACGUCUGCAAGGCGCAAAUGGAAGAAGCCAAACAAAACUUCAUCGAGGACCCCGAGAAAAUCGACAAGUACUUCAAAUGGUAUUUCAACAACCUCAACACCGUCAAACUCGGUAUGCAGAACCUCAUGCCCAAAAAGUGGAAAAUUCUACAGGUCUACACAAACAUCUAUCAUAAGCAAAUGCACGACUUUCUCAUAAGCUUCGCCGACGACGAAAGCUUAGGGCCCCAGUACCUCCUCGCCGUCAUCAACUGGGUCGACAAGUACUACGCGAAGAUGAAAAAGCUCGGCUUUUCGGAAGAACAACUGCAGCCGCACGUCAUUGACAAUCGCAGCCCAGAACUCAUCCGCACGUACCGCCAAGUCAUCAUUCAAGCCGUUGACCAAUACGUCGACCGCAUCAACGCCCAAGACCGGAAGGCCUUCCUCGAUCAAGACCGAACAGCCUAUGAAGUCAAUCCGGACGGUAUCUUUCAGACACGAUCUUUGGGCGACAUCUGGACCCUCUUCAGCCAGAACCUCGCUGUGGCGGCCUCGAGUGAGCGUGCCGAUGUGGCAGAGGGUGUCGUAGACUCCAUGUUCCGCGCCCUCAUCACACGCCAACGAAUAUGGAAUCAACUCAUCACCGAAGAGAAAGACAAAUACACAGGCGCCAACCCUUCCUUGGACGGCGAGGGUGUAGCCGUCUUCCAAGAAUGGCUCGUCGCCAUCGCAAACGACCAAAUCAUUUGCAUCGACGACGGCGAAGAACCCAACGCCCAAGCCUCCUUUGUCACCGUUUUCGAGCGCGAAGUCACACCCCUCGUCUCCCAGACUUACCUCUCCGACCGUCUUCCCAUGCAACUUGACGAGCUGCGAAACGGUUACAUUGACAUAUCAUCGUAUUGCAUCCAGACCUUCUGCCAACUCAUCUUCCUCACAGACUUCAAGCCCAUUCUCGGCAAAUUCUUCACACCAGAAUGGUACACUCGCACAGACAUGGCAAGUAUCAUCACCACAUUUAAAGAUUACCUAAGCGAUUACGACGACCUCCUGCACCGCUCACUACGAGACUUGUUAAUCGAUUCCCUUGCCGACGAACUCCUCGUUCAAUACCUCUCCUCCAUCCGCAACAAAGGCGCCCGCUUCCGCCGCACAGACGCUUUCGCCGCCAAAAUCAAAGACGAUCUCAUCACCGCGUUCGAAUUCUUCCGCUCCUACGGCCAGCAGGGCAUUGAAAUCACGCAGCGCUGGCGCGCGGUCGAGUACUUUCUCAAGCUGCUCGAAGCGGAUAAAAGUCAGGUGCAGUGGGUGUUUGUGGAGUUUAAGCGUGGGUAUAGGGGUGUGAGUGUGGGCUGGGUGGAGGCGGUGUUGAGGGCGAGGGAUGAUUUUGAAAGAGCCAUGUUGAAUGCGGUCAAGGCCAAGGCAGCGGAGAUGGUGGGCGAGGAGGGAGGCGAGGAUCAGAUUAUGGGCAGGGUCAAGUAG